UUUUCAACUCCUUUUCACACAGCCCACCUCUCUCGCCUCGCCUCCUCCCUCCCUCUCUCUCUCCGUUCUCCAACCCCGAUUGGGCAAUAGGCAACCGGCCACCAUCUCCAUGCGUCAGCCCUCCUCCGGCCAUGCCGCACCGCCGCCGAGCCCUUAACCCGACGCUGCCCCCGCCACCUCCCGCCGCCGCGUUCCACCUCGCCGCGGACGACUCGCGGCUGCCGCUCCUCGCCGCGGACUACGCGCUGCUCCAGUCCGCCGCCGCCGCCGCAGCAGCCUCAUCCGUCGCGGACGCGCCCGCGGCCCCAGCGUCCGCGGAGUGGAGCGCCGGGAGCGCCUUCACCGCGUCCAGCGACGCCGCCUCCUCCACCGCCACGGCGCCGGGCUCCGCCCGGUUGACCGCCGCCAAAGAAGCCGGCGCCGGGAGGGACACGUGGGUCCGCCGCGCCAGGGAGGGGUACUACCUCCAGCUCUCCCUCGCCAUCCGCCUCACCUCCCAGGCCUUCCUCGCCGGAAACCCCGCCCUGCCCGAGCUCCUCCUCGGCUGCGGCCCCGGGGAUGCCGGCGACGGCGCGGAUGAUCCGGAGGCCGUCUCCUACCGGCUCUGGGUGAACGGGUGCCUGUCGUGGGGCGACAAGAUCGCGCACGGGUUCUACAACAUCAUGGGCAUCGACCCGCACCUGUGGGCCAUGUGCAACGCCGCGGAGGAGGGCCGCCGGCUGCCGUCGCUGGCGGCGCUGCGGGCGGUGGACGCCACCGAGUCCUCGCUCGAGGUGGUGCUCGUCGACAAGGCCGCCGACUCGGUGCUCCUCGACCUCGAGCGCCGCGCGCUCGACCUCGUCCGCGCGCUCGGCGUCACGCUCGACCUCGUCCGCCGCCUCGCCGUCCUCGUCUCCGACCACAUGGGGGGUGCGUUGCGGUCGGAGGAUGGAGACCUGUACAUGCGGUGGAAGGCGGUGAGCAAGCAGCUGAGGAAGCGGCAGAAGUGCAUCGUCGUCCCCAUUGGCGGCUUGUCCAUCGGGUUCUGCCGGCACCGGGCCAUCCUUUUCAAGGAACUCGCAGAUUUCAUCGGCCUCCCAUGCCGGAUUGCGCAAGGUUGCAAGUACUGCUCUGCGCCUCACCGAUCAUCUUGCCUUGUCAAAAUCGAUAGUGAGAAGAGAUAUGUGAGGGAAUACGUGGUGGACCUUGUAGUUGAGCCGGGAAGCAUCAGCUGCCCAGAUUCAUCCAUCAACGGCCAGUUGCUCUGCACAGUGCCUUCACCUUUCAAGACUUCGUGUACAGUAGGCUCAGGGAACUACACUACACCGGUCACUGCCUGGAAUCAAAAGAUAGCGGAUGAGCGUCGCAACAUGAUAAUAGCAAAUUCCCAGUAUUCAGUUGCUAGGUGUAGUGUCGCGGAGGAGAACUCUGUUCAGGUAGCUAGCAAAGAAGGCUUGCUGCCGAACUGCGGUCAAAUCACGCAGAAUGGAAACUGCAAUGGCAUAUCAAUGGUAGACAUAUCGGUGCAAUUGAAGGCAAUGGACAUCAGUGCCGAGAAUUGCAAUAAGGAGGACAUCCCAGGUGCCACGCUUCCGAAAUGCUUGAGUAUUGAGCCGUCUUUUGCUGCAGAUUGGCUUGAGAUAUCAUGGGAGGAGCUUGAGCUCAAGGAACGCGUAGGCGCCGGUUCUUUCGGUACAGUGUAUCGCGCAGACUGGCACGGCUCUAUUGUAGGUUGGGGUCUGCAGGAUGUUGCAGUAAAGGUGCUUACGGAUCAGGAUGUUGGCGAAGCUCAGCUGAAAGAAUUCCUCAGAGAGAUUGCUAUUAUGAAACGAGUCCGCCAUCCGAAUGUGGUAUUGUUCAUGGGUGCGGUGACAAAAUGCCCACAUUUGUCAAUAGUGACAGAGUAUUUGCCGAGAGGGAGCCUCUUCCGCCUCAUCAACAAGGCAGCUAAUGGAGAAAUGCUGGACCUAAAGCGCCGUUUGCGCAUGGCGCUAGACGUUGCUAAAGGCAUCAACUAUCUUCACUGCCUGAAUCCCCCUAUUGUGCAUUGGGAUCUGAAGACACCAAACAUGCUGGUAGACAAGAACUGGUCCGUGAAGGUAGGUGACUUUGGCUUGUCCAGAUUUAAGGCGAACACCUUCAUAUCAUCCAAAUCAGUUGCUGGAACACCAGAAUGGAUGGCACCAGAAUUCCUCCGCGGCGAGCCAUCCAACGAGAAGUGUGAUGUUUACAGCUUCGGUGUGAUCUUGUGGGAGCUCCUGACAAUGCAGCAACCGUGGAGUGGCCUAGGUCCUGCUCAGGUAGUGGGAGCCGUUGCAUUUCAGAACAGAAGGCUCCCAAUUCCGAAAGAUACCAGUCCAGAACUUGCAGCUCUUGUGGAAUCCUGCUGGGAUGAUGAUCCAAGGCAGCGGCCUUCGUUUUCAAGCAUCGUGGAUACGCUGAAGAAGUCACUCAAGGCUCUUCUUGGAGGCUCCUGAGGACCCUUGCAAGCUGUCUUGGUUGCCAUUUGUCUCCACCUCUGUUUUGCGUUCCUCUUCUGCCUCUGUCAAUGCGAUGAUAGCUGAAGCAGCACAAGUGCAAUGCUGCCUCGAGUUCGAUAGGUAGGUCACUCUUCUUUUUUCCCACCUCAUGCAAAACCAAUAAAAAUCUGUGCUUUUGCUCUCCCAUGCCGCACUGGGGUAGCCUUUGUACAGCGAUUCUAGUGCUAAUAGAAGUUCCGCAGGCCCCAGGUUGGGAGGGUGGUCUGAAUAUCUGCUAUCCCUGAAUGUUCUGAAUGAUUCUAUUGGUUGUGCAGUAGGACUGAAUAGUCUGUUGCUUUAGGGGACAGGAAACACAUUUUUUAUGCCAAAUAGAAUAGCUCACAGGAUAUGCUUAGAGUUUCUAUUCAGGUCUCAAACAAAAAUUUCAGGAAACAUCUGGGUGGAACUGAAACAGUUCUGCAUUGAUUC